AUGACGCUCCCUGGACGGUUCUGGGUCGGCAUCGCUGGAGCAUUUAUCGCCCUGCAGCUUCUCUUCCUGGCCAACAUGUGCUAUAUCUACGGAACAGCGUUCCACGACUCGCAGCGAUACAGCGCCAUGCACGUACUCUACGUGGACUACGACCAGGGGGCAAUUGGCGAGUCGGUCCUCGCCGCCUACAGCACCAUGCAGAGCCCGGCAGUCGUCACUCUCGAGCAACAUCCUGUCAGCGAGUACCCGACGGAGCGGGAGAUUGAGCAAGCCGUCUGCAAGAGCAAGUACUGGGGGGCGAUCUACGCGCGCGCCAACGCCUCGACGCAGCUGACGGCGGCAGUGCAGUCGCCCGAGAUGGCGCAGGCCUACGAUCGCUCGCAGGCGAUGCAGUACUACUGGAAAGGGGCCGAAUACUCGGCCUACGCGACGGGCGUCUACUCGCAGUUGACGGAGCUGGUGCAAAUUACCGCAGCCGUGUACGCCCAGACGCAGGGCGCAAGUCUCCUCGCAGCGGCAAGUUCCAGUAACCUCACCGACCCAGCCAUCGCAGCGACGCUGCUGCUCCCUGUCGGGGGAACGGCGGUGGACGUGGCGCCGACGGACCAAGGCGUGCGGUUCUACUACAACACCGUGUCCAUGGUGAUGCCGAUUAUCCAGCAGUUCUUCUUCAUCAUGGCGCUGAACAGUCUCUCCGCUCAAUUCGCCCUCGGAGACCGGCUCUCGACCCGCCAGCAUCUCCUGCUGCGCAUAGCCCUCUCCCUCGUCUACACCUUUGUCGGCGCUCUCGUCAUGACCGGCUACAUCUGGGCCUUCCGCGAGAGCUGGGCCCUGACCGGCGGACAGUUCGCCCUCAGCUGGAUGGCCAUCUGGCUCGUCAUGCACCUGCACUUCUUGUUCAUCGACUUCGUCACCGCAUUCCUCCCUGCCGGCUUCCUGCCCUUCUUCGUGCUGACCUGGAUCAUCCUCAACGUCUCCAGCAGCAUCAUCCCCUUCGAGCUGUCGCCCGGCUUCUACCGCAUCGGCUACGCCUUCCCCGCCUACGAGCUGUACGAGGUUCUGCUGCAGAUCUGGACAGACGGUUGCAAUCCGUAUCUCUACCGAGCGCUGCCGAUCCUCUGGUCGGAGUGGCUCGUCGCCUUGGGUCUGUUCUUCGUCGGUAUGCGACAUCGUGGCAAGACGGUCACUCGAGCGAGCGUCUUGGAUGACAAGAGUUCGCUCAGGUGA